AUGUGUCUCUCAAACGAAAUCAUCGUCUUAGAAGAAGCAAACUUCGGUAGGAUGCAGAAAUGUCUGUCUGUGGAAGGCUUCCAAGGAGAUCUGGAAAAUUCUAAAAAUCCGAAAUUUGUCGAUUGUUUCUCAGAUGUUAGGUGGAUUAUUGAGCCCAGAUGUGCAGGCAGACGAACUUGUGAGGUGCCAACUAGUAAGAUCAAAAUAUCCACACCUUGCCACGUCUAUCUGAAGCACUAUCUUGACGUUAAGUUCUCGUGUGCGAAAGAAGAAUUUUGUUUCUUUGAAACUUUCAAACCAAAAUGUCAUCAGAACGAAGUCAUAAAAAUCGAGAAAGCUUGGUUCGGUAGGAUAAACGUGGGGAGGUGUUUGUAUGAAGAAGGCAAGCCCAAGGAAGCGAACUUGAGAGACGAGAGUUUCAUCGGUUGUUACGUUAAUAUCAUGGAGACGAUCGAACCAGUGUGUGCUGGAAAUCAGCAAUGUAACAUUCCAGUAGCCACUAUUAAGACUGAAACCCCGUGCUACGCUUACCUAAAACAUUAUCUCGAUGUUGAUUACCAAUGCAUCAGAGCCAAAGAGUUUUGCAACUUUGAAACCUUCAAAGCAAACUGCCCAGCAAGCGAAAUAAUAAUCGUGAAGCAUGCUCACUUCGGCAGAAAAAAAUUUGGAAGAUGCUUGCAGGAGGAUGAAGAAACGCCUGCAAAAGAAAAUUUAGAAAACCCUCAAUUUUUGAAUUGUUUUUCUGAUGUAAAGGACAUCAUCGAUGAAAAAUGUUCGGGCAGGUCUCACUGCGAAGUAUCUGUGGCAAAAAUAAGAGUGCGAACGUCCUGCUACACGUAUCUAAAGUUGUACUUGGAUGUUGAGUACAGUUGCACUAGAGCCGAGGAGUUUUGUAUAUUUGAAAAUUUCAAACCAACUUGUCGAAGCAAUGAAGUUAUCGGCAUCGAACGAGCUGACUUCGGUCGCAAAAAAUUCGGAAGGUGUCUGCAAGAAGAUGAAGGAACCCCGUCCGAUGACAACCUAAGAGAUCCGAGUUUCAUAAACUGCUACACGGACGUCAAACACAUCAUCGAUCAAGAAUGUUCUGGAAAGUCUCGUUGUGAAGUGUCAGUUGUAAAGUUAAGAAUUAAAACUUUAUGCCAUUCAUACCUGAAACUCUACCUCGAUGUGCAUUACAGUUGUCUUAAAGAAGAAUAUUGUAAUUCCGAGACGUUUAAACCUGAAUGCUCUCAUAACGAAGUAAUCGUAAUAAAAGAAGCGUUAUUCGGAAGAAGAAAAUUCGGGAGGUGCAUUCAAAAGGACGAAACACUGAUGACCAUUUCGGGAUUUAUUGGUUGUUACGCCGAUGUAAAACAUCUGGUAGAUGAGAAGUGUUCCGGAUUGCGGAAGUGCGAGGUUGUUGUGGCCCACAUUGAGUUCCACGGAUCAUCGUGUCCAACAUCCUUUGUCAGAUAUCUCGAAGUUUCUCACGUAUGCCUGAGAGAAGAGUAUUGCAACUCAGAAAUAUUCUCACCUCAAUGUGGACAAAGCGAAAUAGUUGUAAUAGAAAAAGCGUACUUUGGUAGAAUCAGCGUUGGUAGGUGCUUGUUGGAAGAGGGUGCUCCGAGCCUUGAAAAUCUGGAAGACCCUAAAUUUAUUGGGUGUUUCGCAGAUGUUAAGAAUAUUUUGGAGGAAAAAUGUUCUGGGAAACGAACGUGUAGCGUCGUGGUAGCAUCUUUGAAGGUUGAAAAUACGUGCUACUCUUUUGCGAUUCGAUAUUUAGAUGUGAAGUUCAGGUGCUAUAAGGAGGAGUUCUGCUUAUCUGAAACAUUCAAACCAGAGUGUGGUAAGAACGAGGUGGUUGUGAUUGAUGAUGCCCUAUUCGGCCGGAUGGAUGUUGGGAGAUGUCUGUUGGAGGAAGGAGCACCGAGCAAGGAAAAUUUGAAAGAUUUCAAGUUCAUCGGCUGCUAUGCGGAUGUUAAAGAGAUCUUGGAUAGGAGUUGCUCUGGUUCGCAAAAGUGUAAUGUUCCAGUUGUCUCUUUCAAAGUUGAAAACACAUGCUAUUCAUACGCCAUGCGAUAUUUGGACGUGAAGUACAGAUGUUUAAAAGAGGAGUAUUGCCAAUCGGAAACAUUUCAAGCGCAAUGUCCUCAAAAUGAAAUCAUUCUUCUGAAAAAUUUUUUGUUCGGCCGAAUGAGGUGGGGCAGAUGCUUAUCUGCGGAAGGUCCAAUUGAUGACUUGUUCUCCAAAUCGUCUGGAUAUUUGGCAUGCUUUGUGGAUGUUAAAAAUAUUUUCAACGAAAUUUGCGCUGGUCGACAAGCGUGUGAGAUGGCUGUAGCAAAAAUAGACGCCGACUCCAACUGUCGGAAGAUGUUCAAGAAUUAUUUGGAAGCCGAGUACUCCUGCGUUAGAGAAGAAUAUUGUAACGACGACACCUUUCAACCCAAAUGUCGACAAAAUGAGGUAAUAGUAAUUAAAGAUGCCCUCUUCGGAAGGAAGUCAAUUGGGAAAUGCAUCAAAAAUGAAGGAACUCCGGAUGAGUAUUUAUCAAAACUACCCAGAUAUGUGGGAUGUUAUGUAGACGCACGUCAUUUAGUAGUCCCUAAAUGUUCCGGUAAACAGGAAUGUGAGGUCUGGGUCGCUAAAAUUAACAUUGGAACAACCUGCCACAAAAUGUUUAAGUCAUAUUUGGAAGUGGAUUAUUCGUGCUUUAAAGAAGAAUAUUGUAAUGCGGACACCUUUCAGCCCAAAUGUCUUCAGAGUGAAAUUGUAAUUAUUAAGGAAGCCAUCUACGGAAGGAAAUCUAUUGGGAAAUGCAUAAAAAAUGAAGGAAUUCCGGACGAAUAUUUUCUAAAAAACUCCGGAUAUGUGGGAUGUUUUGUGGAUGCACGUCACUUAGUUGUACCUCGAUGUUCCGGCAGACGGGAAUGUGAAGUCCCAGUAGCAAAAAUUGAAAUGGAAACAGCAUGCCACAAAAUGUUCAAAUCCUACCUGGAAGUGGAUUAUUUUUGUGCUAAAGAAGAGUAUUGUAUGUCAGAUGUUUUUCAGCCUAGAUGUCGGCAAAACGAGAUAGUGGUUAUCAAGGAAGCUAUCUACGGAAGGAAAUCAAUUGGGAAAUGCAUCAAAAAUGAAGGAAUUCCGGAUGAAUACUUUUCGACUCGUCCAGGAUACGUGGGAUGCUUUGUGGAUGCACGUCAUUUAGUUAUACCUCGAUGUUCCGGCAAUCGAGAAUGCGAAAUUUUGGUUGCUAAAAUCGACAUUGGAACGACUUGCCAUAAGAUGUUUAAAUCAUAUCUUGAAGUGGAUUAUUCAUGUGUGAAAGAAGAAUAUUGUAUGUCUGAUGUGUUUCGGCCAAGAUGUCAUCAGAGUGAGAUUGUAGUUAUCAAGGAAGCCAUCUACGGCAGGAAAUCAAUUGGGAAAUGCAUAAAAAAGGAAGGAAGUCCGGAUGAAUACAAUUUAAGAAAUCCCGGAUAUGUGGGAUGUUUUGUGGAUGCACGUCACUUAGUUGUUCCACGAUGUUCCGGCAGACGGGAAUGUGAAAUCCCAGUAGUGAAAAUUGAAAUGGAAACAACGUGCCACAAAAUGUUCAAAUCCUACCUGGAAGUGGAUUAUUUUUGUGUUAAAGAAGAGUAUUGCAUGUCAGAUGUAUUUCAGCCGAAAUGUCAGCAUAACGAGAUAGUAGUCAUUAAAGAAGCCAUCUACGGCAGAAAAUCUAUCGGAAAAUGCAUUAAAAACGAAGGAAUCCCGGACGAAUAUUUUCUGAAAAGUUCGGGAUAUGUGGGAUGUUUUGUGGAUGCUCGUCACUUAGUUGUACCUCGAUGUUCAGGCAGACAGGAAUGCGAAAUUUAUGUUGGUAAGGAUGAUAUUGCGACAACUUGCCAUAAAAUGUUCAAGUCCUAUUUGGAGGUGGACUACGUCUGUGUAAAAGAAGAAUAUUGUAUGUCGGAAACAUUUCAACCCAGAUGCCAGCAAAAUGAGAUAAUUUUCAUUGAAGAGGCGGUGUACGGCCGCAUGAGCAUAGGAAAGUGUAUAAGAAAAGAAGGAAUCCCUGAUAAAUCCUUCUUAAACAAUCCCAGUUACGUGGGAUGCUUUGUGGAUGUGAAACAUCUCAUCGUUCCCGAGUGUUCCGGAAAGAAACGAUGUGAAAUUUCUGUGGCAAAGAUUGAAAUUGAAACGACUUGUUAUAACAUGUUUAGAUCUUAUCUGGAAGUGGAGUAUACAUGCGUCAGAGAAGAAUUUUGUAUGUCGGAUACAUUCCAACCUCAGUGCCCACAGAAUGAAAUAAUUCUUAUCGAGAUGGCUCAUUUCGGUAGGAAAAGCAUCGGCAGGUGUUUAUCCGACGAAGGAUCGAUCGUUGAAUCUUUCAAAAAUGACGCUGGCUUCGUUGGCUGUUACGCUGACGUUAAAAAUUUCAUCGAUUCAAAAUGUGCAGGCAGACAAAUUUGUGAAAUCCUAGUAGCUAAAAUUACAGCUGUCACAAAAUGCCACAAAUUAUUUCAAAAUUAUUUAGAUGUUUCAUACAGAUGCGUCAGAGAGGAAUACUGCAACUCCGACACAUUCAAGCCUCACUGCCAUCAAAAUGAAGUUUUGUACAUAAAAGAAGCUCAGUAUGGCAGAAAACAUCUUGGCAGGUGUCUGUCGGAUGAGGGGGAAAUUACGAAAUCCUUCAGAAAUGAUCCAAAAUACGUUGGUUGUUACUCUGAUGUUAGAAACAUUAUCGAGCCAGAAUGUGCGGGACUAAGAAGUUGUGAGAUAAUUGUCUCAAAAAUAACAACCAACACGGGAUGUCAUAAGCUGUUUCAAAAUUAUUUGGAGGCUGUUCAUAGUUGUUUUAAAGCUCAAGAGUUCUGCUACUCAGAAACAUUUCAACCUAAAUGCCCGCUUAGCCAAGUUAUUUCAAUUAAAACCGCAAAUUUUGGUAGAAAGAAAAUCGGCAGAUGUCUGGAGAACGAGGGUUCAAUAGUAGAGUCAUUUAAAAACUAUUCAGGAUUCGUUGGAUGUUACGCUGACGUGAGGAACAUUUUGGAACCUCAGUGUGCUGGAAAGAACCUUUGCUCUGUCUCCGUGGCCAUAAUCGACGUUGAAACAUCUUGUCACAAACUGUUUAGAUAUUAUCUGGAAGUUGCUUAUGUUUGUGUUGGAGAGGAAUAUUGUAUUUCCGAUGUAUUUAAGCCGGUGUGUCAUCAAAAUGAGAUCCUACAAGUAGUUGAGGCGUUUUACGGCAGAAAGAAACUAGGCAGAUGUUUAUCAGACGCUGGAGUGCCAGAUGAACAUUUGUUGAAGACGCCAGGUUUCGUUGGAUGUUACGCUGAUGUAAGGAGGAUUAUUGAACCUUUGUGUGCUGGAAGGAUGCGGUGUGAGGUGGCUGUUGCCCAAAUAGAAGUUGAUACUCACUGCUCCAAACAUUUCAGAUACUACUUGGAAGCCAAGCAUCGUUGUCUCAAAGAGGAAUACUGCAUCUCAGAAACAUUUAGACCGCGCUGCUCUCAAAACGAAAUAAUAAUUAUAAAGGAGGCAUUGUACGGUAGGAAGAAUAUAGGGAGAUGUCUGUCACAUGAGCUGACAUCUGAUCCAAGUUUGCUGAGUUAUCCUGGCUUUGUGGGCUGCUACAAAGAUGUUAAAAAGUUGAUUUCUCCAAAAUGCGCCGGAAAGCAGAACUGCGAAAUUUUCGUUGUUCAAAUUGAAACUGACACUACAUGUCCGAAGCAUUUUAAAUACUAUUUGGAAGCAUCUUAUUCCUGUUUGAAAGAAGAGUAUUGUAUAUCGGAAACAUUUAAACCAAAAUGUCAUCAGAGUGAAGUAAUAAUGAUUUCGGAAGCGUAUUUCGGGAGAAAAAAUUUUGGUAGAUGUCUGAAAAUGGAAAGUCCCAAUCCUGGAGAUGCGUAUUUGACAGAUCCUCGCUUCCUCGGAUGCUUUGUGAAUGUAAAACAGUUUCUGGAUGAGAAAUGCGUCGGAAAAAAUGAUUGCAGCAUUGCUGUUGUUAAUAUUGAAAUCGAAACAACGUGUCAUGGAUUUUUUAAGAAUUAUCUGGAAGUUGAAUACAAAUGUUUGAAAGAAGAGUUUUGCAAUUCGGAAAUAUUCAGCCCAAAAUGUCGUCAAAAUGAGAUAAUAUUAAUCACAGAGGCUUACUUUGGUAGAAAAAAUUUUGGGAGAUGUUUAAAGAUGGAAAGUCCCAAUCCCAGUAAAAGUUUUUUGAACGAUCCGGAAUUUCUCGGAUGUUAUGUUGAUGUUAAACAGCUUGUUGUGAAUACAUGUUCUGGGAAAAAUGUUUGCAAAAUUCCGGUGGCUUUGAUAGGAGUAACUACCCCGUGCCAUGGUUUCACGAAAAAUUAUUUGGAGGUUGAGUUUUCGUGUUUGAAAGAGGAAUAUUGCAAUUCAGAAACUUUCCGUUCCAAAUGUAACCAGAACGAAAUGAUAAUAAUAAAGGAGGCUUAUUUCGGCAGAAAGGAUUUUGGGAGGUGUUUGAGAAUGGAAAGUCCAAAUCCUGGAAAAACUUACAUGAAGGAUCCCAAAUUUCUCGGCUGCUUUGUGGAUGUUAAAAAGUAUCUGAAUGACUUAUGCGUUGGGAAAACCCAAUGCGAUGUCGCGGUUUCUAACAUUGAAAUUGAAACUACGUGUCAUGGAUUUUUCAAAAAUUAUCUGGAUGUCAUGCAUUAUUGUUUGAAAGAAGAAUAUUGUAACUCCGACACGUUUAAACCUCGGUGUCGAAACAAUGAAAUUAUUUUUAUAACUGAAGCCAAGUUUAGUAGGGAACGUUUUGGAAAGUGUCUGUCGAGAAAUGAAGUCAAAAACGAACUCUACCUGAAUGAUGAACAAUUCAUUGGCUGCUAUGUCGACGCGAAGUUUUAUUUGAAUAAUUUCUGUACCGGUAAAAGAGAUUGCGAAGUGUCAGUCGCCAAGAUAGAAUUCGAAACGCCGUGCCACAGCUAUCUUAAGCAUUAUCUUGAAGCUUCAUAUGCUUGCAUAAAAGAUGAAUACUGCCACGACGAGAUUUUCAGCCCCAGAUGUGCAGGUAACGAGGUGAUAGUCAUUGAAAUGGCUUUGUUUGGGCGGCUGGUGCACGGCAGAUGCAUAACUCGGGAGGAACCAAGCGAAACAAAUCUGAGAGAUCCGAAAUUUAUCGGCUGUCACACAAAUGUCGUGGAUCUACUACGGUCUAGCUGCUCAGGAAAACAAAAUUGUGAAGUGACGAUAACGAAACUGAACGCUGAGACAAACUGCUAUAAGUACUUAAAGUUUUAUUUGGAAGCGAGAUACCAAUGUCGAACAGAGGAGUUUUGCAACGAUGAAUCUUUUCAGCCGAGAUGUCACCAGAACGAAGUUUUAGUGAUCGCGAAGGCUUUGUACGGGAGGUUUAAAGUCGGAAGAUGUAUAUUUCAUGAGGAACCGACCAAAUCUAACUUGGAAGAUGAAAAAUUUAUCAACUGUUUCACAGACGUUAAAACGAGUGUAGAUGCAAAUUGCUCCGGGAAACAACUAUGUGAAAUUUUAGUUGCGAAGAUAGGAGCCCAAACUACUUGCUAUAAAUAUUUGAAACAGUAUUUAGAGGUGGAGUACAAAUGUGUGAAAGAGGAAUACUGUUUCGCUGAAUCUUUCCAGCCAAGAUGUCAGCAAAACGAGGUAAUUGUUGUUGAAGAAGCCGUUUUUGGCAGAUUGAGCUUAGGAAAAUGCAUUCUUCCCGAGGAACCCAGUGAAUCAAAUUUGGAAGAUAAAAAAUUUAUCGGUUGUUUCACCGACGUUAAGAAAGUUGUGGCUGAUGAAUGUUCUGGUAAGCAGAAAUGUGACAUGCCAGUCGCAAAGAUUGAAGCUAAAACAACUUGCUACAAAUAUUUGAAGCAUUAUUUGAAAGCCACAUAUCAAUGCAUCAGAGCCGAAGAUUAUUGCAUCUCCGAGAUAUUCCAUCCAAGGUGUCUUCGAAAUGAAAUCCUUAUUAUCGAAGAGGCGCUAUUCAGCAGAAGAAAAUUUGGUCGUUGUUUGAUUGACGACGAGAACCCAAACGAUCCGAUGAUGAAAAAUACCGAUUUUAUCGGUUGCUUCGCCGAUAUUAAGCACAUUCUCGAACCAUUAUGCCUUGGCAGAGAGAGCUGUAGUGUUAUGGUAGCGAGUUUGAAGGCUAGAACAACAUGCCGAUCAUUUCUUAAGCAUUAUCUCGAAGUUGAAUACACUUGCUUGAAAGUUGUUCCCGAGACCCACGAUUGCAAGGUGAGUGUGGUCCAAGAAAAGCAGCACAUUUCCAGCGCUCAGGUCUCCAACUGUGGUAGCAAAUCUCGACCGUGGAAAAUCAGCUCCAUGGCAGGCCAGCACAUCAACAUAACUCUCCUUCAGUUAAAGUCAGACAGUUACGACCAGCAACUUCCCAAAAAAUCUCUCUACUUCGCCAAGGGCAACCCCCACCAUGGCAAUCCGCCCUGUCAGGUUUAUGCCCACAUCAAGGAAGAAUCGAGCAGGCAGAUGGUCUACGUGUGUUACGAUGGCAACUUUAAUGAUGACAACAACUAUCUCACUGAUAAUUCGCUGCACUACGCCAGUUCUUCCAAUGAGGUUGAUGUCUACUUUGAGCAACACGAUCGAAAUGAGAAUCGAACGACGUUUCUUGUCUCGCUGGAGGCCACCGGAUGUAGUGACCUGAGACCCCCGGAGGAUGCCACCUGGAACAGAACCGGAAGUGAGGUCAUCGUGGCUUGCCAUAGAUCCUGGAUAAGAUGGACGCUGCGCUGCGUUGGGAAUAAAUGGGCGGGAGUGAUGGGGAAUUGUAGUUACGCUCCUUCUUACAUUGAAAAUUUUGAAAAAAUUGAGAAAUCCUUUGUGACCAAUCAGAAGGAUGGCAGUGCUGGUAAUGAUCAGAUGAUCAUGGUCUUCACAAUCAUUAUUGCCGGUCUUGUGUUGUGUCUGUUCAUCGCUUGCAUUGGGAUAGUUUUCUUAAAGAGGUAUUACUCAAUGAACAAGAGCAAGCAGAUGGGACAGAACCCCUUGUAUAACGGUUCAGUCAUGCAGACGGCCAACAAAGCUUACUACGACGCUCAACAACAACGCAACAACAACAACAUGAUGAUGAUGAUGACGAAUAAUAACAACAUGAUUAUGACAAUGGAUAAACAAGAUGAGGCAUACUUCGCGGAAAAUUCCCAACUGAAUCCGGACACUGCCCAGUAUUUUGAGCUGGAUCAGGCGCUUGUUGGUAAGGAGGCUCCCGCUAUGGCUUAGAUGGGAUGUGCGACGGUGUGGUUUUGUGUGAGUCGUUGGUACCGUGUUCGAUUCUUGUCGAUACCGUUUGUUUUGUUAGUUAGAUGAGAAUGCUUUUUUCAAAAUUAUGAUUCAAAAUUAGAAUAUUCAAAAAAAAAUGAUUUAUGGCUAUGUUGGUGAAUAAGGUGAUGAUUUAGACGCUUAAGCUGAUGAUUAUCUGAUAUUUAAUUGACUGAUUUUAUAAACAAUAACAGACAUAAUAUAAUACAGAAUUAUUAAUAAAUAAUAAUUAAAAAACACAAACAUACUAUAAUUAAUAUUAAACUAGGCUACGUGUUGUUGGUUUUUCUACCUUUAUAAUAUUACUACGUUUACUUUAAAAUACGUUUUUGUUACAGUGUAUGUGUGUGCGUGCGUGCGUGCGUGUGUGUGUGCGUGUAUGUGUGUGUGUGGUUUUGUCUGUGAACGUUAUUAUUUUUUUUAAUGUUUUAAAUAUUGUAAUUAGCCGAAACGGUUUUGUAUGACAUAUUUUUAUUUUCACUUCGUGAACAAAAAAAUAAAUUUGAAAAGGAACCUUGA